AUGUCUUCCCUAACCGUCCGUCCCGCCACCCCAGCAGACAGCGACGCCAUCGCAAACAUCCACUAUCAAGCUCUCAGCGCCUACAACGAAUUCUACGCCGCCUUCUUCGAGCGUCAUCCCCGAGAUCUCAUCCCGCUCGCCACGCGCAACGGGCUUAAGAACCCGGCGCAGCACUUCUCGGUCGCCGAAGAGGCGGGGGAUGUUGUGGGGUUUAUUCGGUACAAGGAGCCGAACUCGAACGCGAGCGGCGGCGGUAACGUCAAUGCAAAUGACAAGCCUCAGCCUCAGCCGCCGUCUGUUUGGACAAUCAAAGAACACAUGAAGGAUUUUUGGCAAUGGUUUGAUAAACGCAGUGAGGAGAUAGAUGCGGCCAAGGAUAAAGUUCUGGAGGGGAAAGAUCACUUUGAGGUGAUGCAUAUCAUGGUGCACCCAGACCACCAACGAAAAGGUAUUGGUGGCCUUCUUCUAAAGACUGUCCUCGAUAAAGCCGACGCAGCGAAUCUUCCAACCACCAUCACUUCAUCAAUGGAAGGUUAUGGUCUUUAUAAAAAGUACGGCUUCGAGAGUUUGGGUACUUGGCCAAUUGACAACGAAGAAUGGGCGCACAAGAUCGCAGAGCAUGAGAAAAACAUCGGAUAUACGAAUGGAGUCAUCGGCCUCGAGGAUAAAUGCAAAGGCAUGCACGAGAGUGAAGAUAGCAUGAUCCGGCAGCCCAAGAUCCGAACAUGA